UCAAGAAGCCAUGUCAGCAAAAUGUAAAACUUUGUUUUUUUUUAUUAUCCAGUAGAUCCACAUCGUAGUACUAAUAUUGCGCCUGAGUGAAAGUAAUAUCAAUAUAAUUGUGAGUUCCCUUGCAAAAUUAAACUAAAUCUCUAAAAAAGGAGUAAGCGAAAUUGUAAAUGUGUUUGCUAUAAUGCCUCCCAAACUUAAAAGACGGGGACGGCCAUCAGGUCUUAAAAACAAAAAGAAAAUUAAGACUGAAGAUGAUUCUGAAAUGUGUGUUUUUUGCAAGCAAACUUACGAAUCUGCCAAGGCCUUCAAAGAACACCUGCAAUUUUGCGAACAGUCGCAAUUGCAUGGUAACGAUUAUCAAGAUAAGAGCUACAAUUGUAACGAGUGCAAUAAAAAGUUUAAACUACAGAUAAACUUUAAAAAGCAUCUUAAAAAUGAACAUUCAAAAUCUCCAGGCAGUAUCAAAUGCCAACAGUGCAAUGUUGUUUGCCCAGACAGUGAAGUGUUGGCCCAACAUGUAGCACUGAUUCAUCAGAGAGAGGUAUUUGAAUGUGAGCAUUGUGGUACAUCAUUUGUAAGACGCUCACAUGUCUCCAGGCACAAGUUGCAGAAAGGUUGCGAUGGUAAAACUGUUAAUUCAUUCCCGUGUGAAAUUUGUGAUGCUGUAUUCACAAGGAAAGAUAACUUGAUGGUACAUCUGCGAUUGCAGCAUAUAGCCAAGUACAGUUAUAGCUGUAAACAUUGUGAAUAUCACACCAGAAACUUUUCCAAGUUAAUUCUUCACACACAGAGGUUACAUAUGAAGAAUCGUAAUCUUGAAUGUGAUCACUGUGGAAAAGUGACCGGCUCUCGGGCAGCUAUGACCAAACAUUUGGAGAUACACGGCGAGAAGAAAUUCGCAUGUGAUGUGUGCGGCUACCAGACGUACACCAUCGAGGUGAUGCGGCGCCACGUGCUGACGCACGUGCCCGACAAGCCGCACAAGUGCCCGCUGUGCGAGCGCUCCUACAUACAGAAGGUGCAGCUGCAGCGCCACAUGAAGGCGCACGCCGGCCACUGCUGCGCCGUCUGCGGCGCCUCCUUCAAGACGGAGCCCAAAUUGCUCAUUCAUCAAAGUAAACACAAGGGUGAAACAAUGAUGUCCUGUCCAUUUGAGAAGUGCCCUUUUUAUCAAAAGGAGUUCAAGGGCUUAGAAAGUCUUGAAGACCAUAUAAAAAAACAUUAUAAACCGUACGAGUGUGAGUUAUGCAAAAAGAGCUUCAACAACGAGGCGAACAUGCGCCGGCACCUGUCGACGCACGCGCUGGAGAAGCCGCGCCGCUGCAUGUACUGCUUGACGGCGCGCGCCUACGUGCGCGGCGAGCACCUCAUCCGCCACGUGCGCAAGUCGCAUCCGCGGGUGUUCCUCGAGCGCCUGCAGCACGUGCGCCGCGUCCUGGGCAACGUGGUGGGCGUGGAGCGCGUGCGCAAGUCGGAGAUCGAGUCCAUCCUGAACGUGCUGGACGCUGAGUCGGAGCGCAUCCUCAGCGGCUGUGCCGAGGGCGUGCUGUACGGCGGCCUGCAGGAGCUCUCGCCGGCAGAGCUCGAGGCUGCCAAAGAGGAAGAAAAGGAAGAGGAAGAAGAUUCCCCAUUAAUGUCUGAAGAAGAACUGGCCAAAAGUCUGAAGAAGCUUUUGUCACAACUUAUAGACAAGGAGAUGCUUGAAUGCUUUGGAUGGCCUGAUGAAAGUAUUGAUGUGGUCCUCGAGAGAGUGAUCGAGAAUUGCGGAGCGCGCGCCGCCGACCGCGACAAGUGGACCAACGUGCAGCGCCUGCGCGAGAACGCCAAGCAUCUGUUCCUGUACGUCAUCGAAGACAAGAACAUAGCGCGCAUGAUGGACACGCACACCAUCGACCAGAUCAUCAAGCACAUCCUGCACCAGGUCUCCGAGAGCGACGACGAGGCUGCGCCGGACACCUAGCAUUCCUCAAUACCGAACACGGAACAGAACCGAACUGCAAUCUGAACAACCACCGGUUCAAACUCCACACGUUGCACUACUGUCGUACCUACUCCUAGCACAAGCUAUACGCUUAAUUGAAGGGGAAAGGGGAAUUGCUGCCAUUGGCGCAAUUAAAAUACCAUAAGCCUACGUUGUCAUAUUAGUUUACAAAUUGCGAAAAAUCAAAUUAAAUUUCAAUAUCGCGGGCAGACCCGUCUCAUGCCCCUUAAAUAAGUCCGGUUUGGUACUAUUUACAUUAGCCAAGUAAGUAGUAAGGAAUAUAUUAUUUUAAUUAUGAAAUCAAUUAAAAUAUAUACUUACAUACU